AUGAAGGUCCUCGUUUCAAGCGUCGCUGUGGCAGGGGCCGUGGCCCUCUGCGCAGCCUCAAGCAUGGAAAUGGAGGCCCCAGUUGAGUACUACUCUGCCGUGACUAGCGAGCAGAUUGAAGAGCCGACUGGCUUCGAAGCCGAGGCUGAGGAGGGCCAUGAGGCCGCCUACUCUCCAGAGAUGGAAGGCCUUGGCGCUGAGGAAGAAAUGGAAGAAGGCGUCAUGGACAGCCAAGUUGAUGACGAGGAAGACGAGGACGAGGAGGGCGCUGAGAAGAGAGAGCUGUGCCACGGCUAUAAGUGCAAAAAGGCCAAGGGCAAAGGCAAGUACUACAAGUACAAGAAGGCUCACUAUAAGAAAAACAAAUACGCCUCAUAUGUUGUGCCCCAAAAGGCCGCCGUCGCCGCCGUGCCCGCCAAGACUCCACCCGUACCCACAAAGUACGUAGCUCCAGCGCCCUCCAAAUACGUGGCACCUCCUCCCCAGAAAUUCUCUGCAGCCCCCACUUACGUCCGCGCCGCGCCCCAGAAGGCCGCGCCCGCAUACGUUGUUCGCGCCCCCGCAAAGUACUCUGGAGUCGUACAGGCCGCCCCGAGCAAGAGCUCGCAGAACAACAACCUUCUGCAGCGGCUCAUGCUCCAGCCGAGCAGCUACUCGCAGGGCAAGCAAGGCUAA